CGCGCGUGCGCGCUGCGCCCAGAGAGCCGCGGCCCGACCAUGCCGCGGGGCCGCCCCCCGCCGCCGCCCAGGGGCCGCACCGAUGGAGUUUUAACAUUGAAUGCGGAGAAUGUUAACUAUGCCUGUCAAGUUGCAAACUUCCAUAAAUGUGAACUCUGUCUGCUCUCUUUCCCCAAAGAGUCCCAAUUUCAACGCCACAUGAGGGGCCACGAGCGCCAUGACAAGCCACAUCGAUGUGACCUGUGCCCCCAAACCUUUAAUGUUGAGUUCAACCUGACACUUCAUAAAUGCACCCACAAUGGGGACCACCCCAGCUGUCCUGUGUGUAACAAGCGGUUCUCCAGAGUGGCUAGUCUGAAAGCGCAUAUCAUGCUCCAUGAGAAGGAAGAGAACCUCAUCUGCUCCGAGUGUGGGGAUGAGUUCACUCUGCAGAGCCAGCUGGCUGCCCACAUGGAGCAGCACCGCCAGGAGCUGGCCGGGAGCCGGCCACUCACCUGCAAGGCCUGCCGCAAGGAGUUCGAGACGCCACUGCAGCUCAAAGAGCAUGCGAAGACUCAUUACAAAGUCAGGGUGGCGAGCACAAGGUCUUACAACCGGAACGUCGACCGAAGCGGCUUCACCUACUCAUGCCCACACUGUGGCAAGACGUUCCAGAAGCCGAGCCAGCUGACUCGGCAUAUCAGGAUCCACACAGGUGAAAGGCCCUUUAAAUGUAGCGAGUGUGGAAAAGCCUUUAACCAGAAGGGGGCGCUGCAGACCCACAUGAUCAAGCAUACAGGUGAAAAGCCCCACGCCUGUGCCUUUUGUCCAGCUGCCUUUUCUCAGAAAGGGAAUCUCCAUUCCCACGUGCAGAGAGUUCAUUCGGAGGUGAAGAAUGGCCCCACAUAUAAUUGUACCGAGUGUAGUUGUGUAUUUAAAAGUCUGGGUAGCUUGAACACGCAUAUCAGCAAGAUGCAUAUGGGCGGCCCACAGAACUCCACGACCUCCAGCGAGACCGCACAUGUCUUAACGGCCACACUCUUCCAGACUUUACCUCUGCAGCAGACUGAAGCCCAGGUUGCACCCACCCCGAGCCAGCAGAGUGCCCAGGCGGUGACCGACGUCAUCCAGCAGCUCCUGGAGCUGUCUGAGCCAGGCCCGGGGGAGACCAGCCAAGCCCCACAGCCCGGGCAACACCUUAGCAUCACGGUGGGCGUCAGCCCUGACAUCCUGCAGCAAGCCUUAGAAAACAGUGGACUGUCUUCAAUUCCAGUUGCAGCGCCUCCCAGCGAUGCUGGCCAAGCUAGGCCGCCCAGCACGCAGCUGCAGCCUGCGGAUGUGGCCAGCGUGGCUGGGGAACCAGCGGAGCCUGCUGAGGGGGACCUGGACAAAGAACAGGACAGCCCGGAGAAGGUGGACAGGAAAGAAAAGAAAGUGCUCAAGAAGAAGUCGCCCUUUCUGCCCGGUUCAAUCCGCGAGGAGAAUGGGGUUCGGUGGCAUGUGUGUCCCUACUGCACCAAGGAGUUCCGGAAGCCCAGUGACCUGGUACGUCACAUCCGCAUCCACACGCAUGAGAAGCCCUUCAAGUGUCCACAGUGCUUCCGGGCCUUUGCCGUCAAGAGCACGCUGACUGCCCACAUCAAAACCCACACGGGCAUCAAGGCGUUUAAGUGCCAGCACUGCAUGAAGAGCUUCUCCACCUCAGGCAGCCUCAAGGUGCACAUCCGCUUGCACACAGGUGUCAGACCUUUUGCCUGUCCUCACUGUGACAAAAAAUUUCGAACCUCAGGACACAGGAAGACUCACGUUGCUUCCCACUUUAGGCACACAGAGCUUCGGAAGCUGCGGCACCAGCGGAAACCGGCCAAGGUCCGCGUGGGCAAGGGCAGCACCCCAGUGCCUGCCAUCCCGUUGCAGGAACCCAUCCUCAUCACUGACGUUGGUCUUAUCCAGCCCAUCCCACGGAACCAGUUUUUCCAGAGUUAUUUUAAUAAUAGUUUUGUAAACGAAGCAGACAGACCCUACAAGUGCUACUAUUGUCACCGUGCAUAUAAGAAAUCCUGUCACCUUAAACAGCACAUCAGGUCCCACACUGGGGAGAAGCCUUUCAAGUGUUCCCAGUGUGGCCGAGGAUUCGUGUCCGCUGGAGUUCUCAAGGCACAUGUGCGCACACACACAGGCCUCAAGUCCUUCAAGUGUCUCAUCUGCAAUGGCGCCUUCACCACGGGCGGCAGCCUGCGGCGUCACAUGGGCAUUCACAAUGACCUGCGGCCCUACAUGUGCCCCUACUGCCAGAAGACCUUCAAGACUUCCCUCAACUGCAAGAAGCACAUGAAGACCCACCGAUAUGAACUUGCCCAGCAGCUGCAGCAGCACCAGCAGGCCGCCUCUACAGACGCCAGCCCCGGGGACCAGCAGAGCUUGCCCAUGUCAGCCCAGCUACAGGUGGAGAUGGAGGGUGGUGAGCUGCCCACUCCACCGCCGCCGCCCACCUCCCAGACCGAGGGCCUACUGAGCCUGGAGUCACAGCAUGUUGUGGGCACCGAAGAUGCUGGCCUCGCCCAGCAGUUGGCAGAGAGGGCGCUGGAGGCAGAUGAAGAUCGGUUCGUGAGCCCUCAGCAUGGCCUGCAGGGUCCCGUUGGCCAGUUUGAAGAGCAGGCAACUGCACAGUCCUUUGAGCCGGCUGCCUUGUCCCAAGGGUUCCCGGUGGCCGACACUUACAAUCAGCCAACCCCAUUUCCUGCCGUCCAGCAGCUGCAGGAUUCAAGCACGUUGGAGUCCCAAGCCCUGUCCACGAGCUUCCACCAGCAGAACUUACUUCCAGUUCCCAGCUCUGACGCCAUGAAUGUGGCCACUCAGCUGAUCCAGGAGUCCUCCCAAGAGGAGCUGGACCUGCAGACCCCGCGUGCCCACUUCCUGGAGACCAGUGAGGACCAGAGCAGGCGCUCCUACAGGUGCAACUAUUGCAGCAAAGGCUUCAAGAAGUCCAGCCACCUGAAGCAGCAUGUGCGCUCGCACACCGGGGAGAAGCCCUACAAGUGCAAGCUCUGUGGCCGUGGCUUUGUCUCCUCUGGUGUCCUCAAGUCCCACGAGAAGACGCACACAGGUGUCAAGGCGUUCAGCUGCAGUGUGUGCAACACAUCCUUCACCACCAAUGGCAGCCUCACGCGUCACAUGGCCACACACCUCAGCAUGAAGCCUUACAAGUGCCCCUUCUGCGAGCAGGGCUUUCGCACCACCGUGCACUGCAAGAAGCACAUGAGGCGGCACCAGGUGGCCCCUACGGUCGUGGAGGCAACUGGAGAGGCAGAAGCAAGAGACACCUGCCUGGAAGAGGAGGAUGAGAAUUCUGACCGAGGCACAGCACGGAAGGCGCGGCCUGAGGUCAUCACAUUCACAGAUGAGGAGACAGCGCAGCUGGCCCGGAUCCGGCCACAGGAGAGCGCCACAGUGUCGGAACAGGUGCUGGUGCAGUCGGCUGCCGAGAAGGACCGCAUCAGUGAGAUGAAGGAUCGGCAGGCUGAGCUGGAGGCCGAACCUAAGUACGCCAACUGCUGCUCCUACUGCCCCAAGAGUUUCAAGAAGCCCAGCGAUCUGGUCAGACACGUUCGGAUUCACACGGGUGAGAAGCCUUAUAAAUGCGAUGAGUGUGGGAAGAGCUUCACAGUCAAGUCCACACUGGAUUGCCAUGUGAAGACGCACACAGGCCAGAAGCUGUUCAGCUGCCAUGUGUGCAGCAAGGCCUUCUCCACUAAGGGCAGCCUCAAGGUGCAUAUGCGCCUGCACACAGGUGCCAGGCCCUUCAAGUGCCCACACUGUGAGCUGCGCUUCCGCACAUCUGGACGCCGCAAGACACACAUGCAGUUGCACUACAAGGGGGACCCCCAGAAGGCCAGGAAGCCUACACCCCGGGGCUCCCCCGAGGGGCCACCCAUGAGCCUUCUCAGCCCCUCAUCCUCUGAUUCGGGCGUCUUCAUCAUGAAUAACUCGGUGCUCAGUGGGCAGCUGGACCAGAACCUGUUGCAGCAGGGGCUGGUGGGUCAGGCCCUCCUUCCUGCAUCUAUGUCAGCCAGCGGCGACUGGACUGUGUCCUUGACAGAUGGCAGCCUGGCCACCCUGGAAGGCAUACAGCUGCAGCUGGCCGCCAACCUGGUGGGGCCCAACGUCCAGAUCUCUGGAAUCGAUGCUUCUAGCAUCAACAAUAUCACCUUACAGAUUGAUCCCAACAUCCUGCAGCAGACGCUCCAGCAGGGCAGCGUGGUAGCUCAGCAGACACUGCAACAGGGCAGUGUGGUGGCUCAGCAGCUGGCGGCGGAGCCUGGCAUUGCCUCGUCCAGCAGUUCCGACAGCACCGGUCAGGCCAGCGUGCUCAUCCAGCCCAUCUCUGGCCUGUCCCUGCAGCCCACAGUCACAGCUGCCAACCUGACCAUCGGCCCGCUGUCCGAGCAGGACUCUCUACUGACUGCCAGCAGCUCUGGAACCCAAGACCUGUCUCAGGUGAUGACUUCCCAGGGCCUGGUGUCUACCACGUCUGGCGGCCCCCAUGAGAUCACCCUGACCAUCAAUAACUCUAGCUUGAGCCAGGUCCUGGCACAGGCGGCCGGACCCACAGCUGCUUCCUCCACAGGGUCUCCUCAGGAAAUCACCCUGACCAUCUCUGAGCUGAAUGCUGCCGCCGGAAGCCUCCAGCCCUCCACCCCACUGUCCCCUUCAGCCGUGCCCACACAGAACCUGCUCAUGUCCUCGGGUGUUGGGGGAGAUGCCAGCCUCACACUGACUCUGGCCGACACUCAGGGCCUGCUCUCAGGGGCACUGGACACCGUCACACUCAAUCUCGCCUCUCAGGGUCAGCAGUUCCCAGCCUUGCUCACGGAUCCUACUCUCUCGGGCCAAGGAGCCACGGGUUCUCCACAGGUCAUCCUCGUGAGCCAUACUUCGCAGGCGCCGUCAGCCACAUGUGAGGAGAUCACCUACCAGGUCACCGAUGUGGCUGCCAGCCUGGGUCCAGGUGGGCCUGCCGAGAAGGAGGGUCGGCUACAGCCGUGCUCUGAGUGCGGCCGCUCCUUCCCGUCGGCCGCACUGCUCCAGCAGCACAGCAAGGAGGCACAUGGGCGCGAGCGCAUCCACGUUUGUGCACUGUGCCACAAGGCCUUCAAGCGUGCCACGCACCUCAAGGAGCACAUGCAGACCCACCAGGCGGGCCCCUCGCUCAGUUCACAGAAGCCUCGCGUGUUCAAGUGUGACACAUGUGAGAAGGCCUUUGCCAAACCCAGCCAGCUUGAGCGCCACAGCCGUAUCCAUACAGGCGAACGGCCCUUCCAGUGCACGCUGUGCGAGAAGGCCUUCAACCAGAAGAGCGCACUGCAGGUGCACAUGAAGAAACAUACGGGCGAACGGCCCUACAAGUGCGUCUGCUGUGCCAUGGGCUUCACACAGAAGAGCAACAUGAAGCUGCACAUGAGGCGUGCACAUGGCUAUGCGGGCCCCUCACAGGUGGCUGCUGGCCCGCAGGAGCAGGCAGGGGAGGAGCUGAGCCAGACGCUGCACCUGGAGGAGGUGGUUCAGGAGUCAGCCGGUGAGUGGCAGGCGCUGGCCGACGUGUUCUGAGGCCUGAAGGACAGGCACUCCCGGAGCCUCCGCCAGAACUUCAGGUGUUGGAACCACAACUACAGUGACUGUUCAGCCCUAAACACAUUGAAAGAAUCAUUGUCUUUGAGAGACCUCUGCGGGGGAGAGCGGGGAAAUGUCCACACACGCUCAUCAUCCGUCUGCAAAUCACUGAACUCAGGUACUCCCAGGCAGCCUCGCUGUUCCUCCCUCCGAGGCUGAGUUAACUGGAUCCUGCUAUCAGUGUCUGUGAUUUCUUUGUGUUAGCAGAGAGGGCGGCAGCCGUGGGCCAAGGCAGAGUUGGCUUCGUGCUUUCUGGUCUGAGAAGCGGAGCUCGUGGGCCAAGAGCAGCCCCUGGGCACUUUGAUAGCAGGAGGACUGGACCAUGCUGAGCCCGCCUCACAGUGCAGAGGUGCAGGCUGCCGAGCUGACACUGGAGAGAUGGCUGGACCCAUCCUCCUGCCUGGGGAACGAUGCAGUGUCCGCGUGUGACCUGGGGGAUGACAGUGGCCCUGGCACCGGGUUAAGGGCCACACUCCCCGCAUAGCAACUGCAUGCCCCAAUGAGAGUAUUGUGCGAGGGGGUGGCAGUUCCAGAAAGCACAAGCCAUACAGUGCAGGGCCUGGAGGGCCGGCCCCGGGCUGCUACAGAGCCCGAGCGAAGAGGCCUGGAAGCCCCACACUGUCUUCACGCAUCAGCCGAUGUAACUUUUUAUUUCAGGGAAUUCUUUAGUAUCAUCAAUGGUGCCACAUUAAACCUGUCGCAAACCAAACCCCAGCUCCGUGCGGGGCCGAGUACGCGUCCUUCCUACAGCAUUCCAAAGAUGGAACGUUCUGGACUUCACAUGAACCUCUCCGUGGCCAUUAUUUAUAUGUUCUAUAUAUAAAUAAAUACCUGUGUACAUAGGCACAGUGCGGGCCUCUGUGUGGCGGGACCGUCUGUUCUGUAAAUACGAGCCCUCAUCCCAGGGAGAGCCCAGCCGGCGGCUCCGUCCUCCCGAAAGCACUUCUGUCAGUAUUGAGCUGGGGUGGAAAACAGGCCCCCCACCCUUGCUUGCCCCAGAGCUCACAGGGUGAUCUGUGCACCCAUGUUGUUUUCCUGAAGAAUAAUUGCCUUUAUCUUCUCCCAUUGCCUCCCUGGUUCAGAAGAGAGUCGUUUAUUAUAACUGUCGUAUGGGCUUUGUACAUUCAGAAGAAAGACUUUGACCAUUAUUUUUUCGAAAGGGCAUCUUUGGAUAUUUUUUUUUGGUUGUUGUUCACUUUUGGCAUCUGUAUAUAAGUAAUAUUGAUGGUGAUAUAAACCCUUUUGUUAUGUGAAAAUAUUUAAGUCUGAAAACUGUUAAAUAAUACUACUUUUUUUCAAA